AUGGACGCAGCAAGGUUCUCUUCAACAAAAAAACCUACGAAGACGUCUGUGCCUAAAUUUGGAGGGUGGGAACAAAAGGCUGCAGGAGUGCCUACUGACUAUUCAAUGGUGUUUAGUCAAGCUCGUGCAAACAAGAAGACUCAAAAGACUGAAUUGGGUGAAGUCAAGCGUUUAAGCCUUGGAAAUGACAGGGAUCCCCUAAGUGGCAACCAUCGUCGAGGAAAUGGUCAUGGAUUUGGACAUGGACAUGGUCAUGGUCAUGGUCAUGGACAUGGUCAUGGUCAUGGUGGACAUGAACAUGGACAUGGAGCUGGACCUAGUCAUGGACGUGAUGAUGAAGAUCCUCUUACCAUAGUGAGAACUUAA